GCUUCCUCUACAACCAUGUCUGACAAACCCCAUAUGGCUGAGAUUGAGAAAUUUGUUAAGUCAAAAUUGAAGAAGACGGAAAUGCAAGAGAAAAAUCCACUGCCUUCCAAAGAAACGAUCAAACAGGAGAAGCAAGCAGGCGAAUCGUAAUGAGGUGUGCGCCGCCAAUAUGCACGGUACAUUCCACAAGCAUUGCCUUCUUAUUUUACUUCUUUUAGCUGUUAACUUGGUAAGAUGCAAAGAGGUUGAAUCAAGUUUAAAUGACUGUGCUGCCCCUUUUCACAUCAAAUAAUCGAGAACUACUGACAAGGAAGGCCGCGCCUGCCUCUUCCAUCUGCCUGUCUGACUGGCAGGGUAGGAAAAGAACUUGCAUGUUGGUGAAGGAAGAAGCUGGGUGGGACGACAGUGAAUCUAGAGUAAAAGCAAAGCUGGUCCAAGAUGCCCUACAGGCUGUAAAAUGCAGUUUAAUCAGAGUACCAUAUUUUUGUUGUUGUUGUUCAAAUGAUUUUAAUUA